AUGCUUGACUUUUUACUUUCAGAAGAGGGAGAAGAGUAGUACAAAAGCGAGGUAGUUAAUACUAUCAGUAACAUAAUUGGAUGGACAUAUUUCGUAUGUUGGUCUGCUAGUUUUUACGGAUAGUUGUAUGAAAACUUCAAAGUGAAAAAUGUGAAAGGUAUAGCCUUUGAAUUUCUUGGCUUGAAUUUGACUGGAUUCCUGUUUUUAAGCGCGUAUAGUUCUGCUGGAUAUUACAAAGGAGGAGAUAAUGGAUGGCCAUUUAGUGGUGAUAUAACAGUGCAAGAUUUGUUUUUUGCAUAUCAUGCAGUUGCUAUAACACUCUUAACCAUUAUCUAAACGGGUUAUUACUAUAAAAAAGGUGAUAACAAAGGAGUAAGCUUAUGGUGCAUUGUUGUCCUAAUUGUUCUUUGGUCUCAAACUAUUUUUUACGUACUAUUGACUUGGAUAUUUGAUUGGCAAGUUAUAUUCUAACAAGAAAAAUUAAAUGUUUUAUAUUGGAUGGGAUAUGAGAAACUCUUUAUUUCCUUUAUUAAAUAUGUGCCUUAAGUGUUUCUAAAUUACAAAAGAAAGUCAACAGUUGGUUGGAGUAUUUUCAAUAUCUUACUAGACUUUAUGGGAGGAUUCUUAUCAUUCUUAUAAAUGUUACUUGACUCGCUUAAUGGAAAGAGCGCCAAUCUAGUAGAUGUGAACAUUGUUAAAUUUAUUUUGAGUUGGAUAGCCAUGGGCUUUGAUGGAAUUUUCAUGUUCUAACAUUACAUUCUCUAUAAUCCUAAGAAAAGAACCAGAGAUGCUUUACUAGAUGAAUAUUCGAUUCCAAAAAAAUGA